AUGAAAAAUUUAUGUUUAGAAAAUACCGAAAACACGCUGGACGCAUGUCAAAAUACGAUAUCAUUUACGAAUAAUUUAAUACCAAUAGCGAGUGCACUCGCAUCUGACGCCGCUGACGUCGCUCAAAACUUUGCAUUAUUUGCACCAUUAAUCAAUUCAUUCCUUGAAUUAGGUAAAGAAAUCAUAAAAUUAUAUGAAAAGGCCGAACAUAAUAAAAAUCUCUGUAGUUUCCUUUUGCAAAGAUGUAAUUGUGCAGUUUCCGCAAUUAAAGAUUUAGAUAUUAGGAAAACCGAACAUGCAAAUUUCUUUUCUAAACAAGAAAAUCUUGAGUUGUUUACGUUGUUCAUUAAAUGCAUGAAAAGAAUCAAAAAAUUUAUUGCCGAUGUUAGUCAAUUAAGUAAACUUAAGAAAUAUAUCUUGGCUAAUAAUAUUGAGGAUACUUUUACCAAACUUGUAGAAGAAUUUGAAGGGUGUAUGAAUAGUUUUAAUUUCUCUUUCACUAUGCAAUCUAGAGAGGAAUUGAUAACGAUUAAAGAUGAAAUUAAACAACUCAGAAACUUGUUAUUAAAUAUCAAUGGUUCUACUAGUAAUGAUAAACAAUCUCAUGAUGAGUUUUUCAAAGGAGUGGAUGCUGUAACCGGAAAAAACAAGGAAUUUCAAAAACAGAAUAGGCAUACAGACGCGAAUUCAUCUGAUUUGAUAACUUGCAUAGACAAGGAUGAGCCAUUGCUCGAUGGAAGUAACUACUUACAAACCGGUAACUUUCAUUCAAAGAAAAUCGAAGAACGUAUAUCAAAAAAUGAUUUUCAACGAGUUUCUUUUAAAGAAUUUUCAAAUAAUUCUUCUUCCUCUGUCUUGGAUCAAAACAUUUCACAUAAUAUUGAAAAUGUGAGAUAUAUGGCUCCAGAAAAACUACUAAUAGAUGAAAGUGAAAAUAACACUACACAAGGUGAACGUGCUAAUAAUGACAUGAAAAGAAAAAAAGUUCCUUAUGAUUCCAAAUGUGAAAUUUAUAGUGUAGGAGCAUUAUUAUGGGAAAUUGCGGAACUGAAAAAACCACAUUCUGACCUUAGUAAAUCAGAAAUGCUCGUUAGUAUUAGGAAACGUGUUCGUGACAAAUAUCGUGAGCCACUUUCAGCUGAAGUGCCCGAUAUGUGGAAAUAUUUAGUAAAAAUGGGCAAGUAA